CCCAAAGACAAUUCAUAACAUCAUGCUGGAUUGUUGGGAAAAAGACAAGAACAACAGACCCAAGUUUUCAGACAUCGUGAAGCAGCUUGAUGAACUUAUACGAUCACCAGAAAAGAUCAGUGAUCAGCCAGCUUCACGAUUUUUAACAAAUGGAGAAGCUAACUUUGGAGAAGUGAAGUCAGUAGAGGAUUGGCUGACCCAAAUCAAAAUGGACAAAUACGCAGAUCUCUUCAAACAAGCCGGAUAUGUAAACCUUGAACAAGUGAAGUCUCUUGAGGAAGACGACUUGAAAGGAUUGGGAAUUCAGCUUAUUGGGCAUCGAAAUAAAAUGAGAAAGAGCAUCAAAGCUAUGAAAAUUUACGAUGACAACAAAGCUUAAGCUGUACAAAGUAAGCCUGGAGCAAGCUCAAGAGUCUUGGAGCAACUGACUGGAUUGAAAGGCAUGCAAGGGAGUGAGGCUUAUUUGAAAACUUUCUUUAUAGGAAUCCUCGUUUUGUAGCCUUAAGAGUGAUUGUCAGAGAAAACCGGGCAGGGUKAAAAGAUGGGGGUCGGCYGAWUUACCCCAAACUUAUACCAUUUAUUAGGUAUCGAAUAUAAGUAAGAAUGGCCAAAUAUGAGCCUCAACGGACUGAUACUUUCUGAGAUGACCACCCCCCUCACUUUUGAGGCCAAAAAAGCGAUUUAAAUGCGAAUAAUUACGACGAAUUUUGAGGACUCCUAACCUAUGAUACGCAAAAUUAAACAACUUUUUACUGUU